UCGGUUUUGUUUUCGCGAUACAGCAUCGCCGUGAUAUCUUCUGUGUUUCUUGUAGUAUCAGUCAAAGGUGUGACCCCUUGCAGUUUGUCGCAUUCCUGGAGGAUGUGGUUUAAGUCUUCAGGUGCUUUACCACAGAGUCGGCAAGUAGGGUCGAUGUCCUCACCAAACAGUUCUUUUCUUCUGGUGUUCGUUAGUAGACAUCCUGUUCUUGCCUGGAAGAGCAGGGCACUUCCCUAUCGAGAGGGCACUAGCUCCGUAGAGGCGAGACCACCGCUAUGAGCCAGGUCUUGGCAGUCUUGGCUUUCGUUGAGAAUCGAACAGGCAGUGCGCCGCAGUCUGGUCGCUAAGCUGCCCACCCUUACCGGUAUAUGGCACAGUGAAAUUGAUCAGUAAUGACCAGACCAAUCUCCUCAUCAUCAUCCUUUGGCUCUCCUAAUAAUAUUGUAGGAUCCUGGAGUGCUCAAUAAAUUCACAGUUUUCAUGCUUCACCCCACUGUUUUCGCCUUUUCCUGUUUUUCAAAGCUAGCCACAUUAUUGGAUGUUUGGUGUUUCAACAUGUAUUAACAUGUUGCGUCUCCACUCAAAUUCUGGUCUUUCUUGGCUUAUCAUAAUCCUUAUUCGCUACCGUUUGAUUUAUCUAGGCGUAAUAAUUUGACCUCCACAAUAGAUAUAGAAAGAGCAAGAUAUGGAAGAAAACAUUAUUUUCGAAAUCUACCUUUCACUACGGAUCGCAAUUGUCGUAGGAAAACAUCCAACGCCGCUGUAUUUAUCUUAUCACCCCACCGACAGUCGCGAUCGUAUGCGAGGGUACUAAGUUCAUUAGCAGCCUGAUAACGGGUCUGCACCACUCCCGCUCGACUUGCCAUGGAUGAAUAUUUGACCAACAGCUGCGAGGCAUACGACGAGAUCGACGCCCUUGCCGGUGGACGCUGCAGCGAGUUGGCCAGCAGCAACAGCUUCCUCCCGAAAGAUGAGGACGGAGCAUCACAGUAUGGAAAUUCGGACCAUCAAGAUGAGCCAUUCGAUGAUGAAGACUUCUACAACAUAGAUCACCCUCGGCGUGGGCUUUGCAUUGUGUUUGCGGACAUGAUCGCAGGUUACGAGGAUCAUGUCAGAAACGACAUCAGCAAGAUAAGACGAGCCUUUCAGGGCUUGAGUUUCGAAGUUAAUGUUCAUCUGAAUCUCUCGGUUCCGGAACAAGAGGAAUGGCUGACAAGGAGCGCCACGAAGAAAAGCAACGUCCAGUCUGACUGCAUCGCUUGUUGGUUUUUGACCUUCAAUUCAGCCUUACCAGAUCAGCAAAACGAGCGGCUGGAAUUAUGCAAAAUAUCCAGAUUGUUCUGCAGCGAUGCUGCUCCUUUCUUAGCUGGGAAGCCGAAGUUAUUCUUCAUCCAGACAUUGCAGCACGAAGGACUGAGGGUUGACGUGACAGAGCACUCGAGUAGAAGUAUCCCCCAGUUCCCAGACUUUCUCUACUGCUUUUUUACGCAAGCUGCAACUCCAAAUGAAGAUGGCACAUCAGCACAAACAUUUCCCUAUGUGGAAAUUCUAUGUGACGUACUAGAAAGGUGUACAACGCCACUUCCACUGAUUGACGUACUUUACUUAUUGGACAUUGCGAUGGCCGAGAUAUCCGACAUGAGCUGCAGAGAAGCUGGCAACCAAGAAGCGAUGACGUCAAGAAAAGAACAAGGAGCGAAUCUGGUAGUUCCCUUCUACAUGAGCACACUCACAAAGAAACUUUUGCUAAAUAAAUGCUCUAUGUGAUUGA